UUAUCCCUUGCCGGCAAUGGCUCGCAAGAAGGUGACCCUCCAGUACAUCGCCAACGACUCCACCCGGCGCGGCACCUUCAAGAAGCGCCUCAGGGGCCUGAUGAAGAAGGCGGGCGAGCUGGCCAUCCUCUGCGACGUCAAGACCUGCGUGCUCGUCUACGGCGAGGGCGAGCCGGCGCCGGAGGUCUUCCCCUCCCACGCCAAGGCGGCCGCCAUCCUCACCCGGUUCCGGAGCAUGCCGGAGCUGGGCCAGUGCAAGAACAAGAUGAACCAGGCGGGCUUCCUCACCCAGCGCAUCGACAAGCUCCGCGACCAGGUCGACAAGUCCCGCCGCGAGUGCCGCGACCGCGAGAUCAAGGUCCUCCUGCACAGGGCCAUGCUCGGCGCCCUCCCGGGCCUCGCCGGCCUCACCAUCGAGGAGCUCACCAGCGUCGGAUGGAAGGUGGAUGUGCUCCUCAGGAGCAUCGGCGAACGCAUCGACAAAAUCCAUUCCCUUUCCAUGCAGGCGCCGCCGCCAGCUGCAUACCAGCUCACCACCGGCAGCAGCAGCAUGGAGGAUCACUUGGGGUCUCCGCCGUCUCUGUACCAGGUCCAGGCACCACCGCAGCAACAACAGCAGGAGGGCUGGCUUGACAUGGUGCCCCGGCCCGGAGAAGAUCUCGGCACCCAGCUGCUCUACGGUGGCUAUACCACCGGUGGCCACGACGGCGCCAGCUUCUCCUCCUCCAGCGGCGAUAUGAAUAUGAUGAUGAUGCAGCCCUUCGAUCUGGGCUUUGGUUUGAGCCAUUUCCCUCCCAUGUAAGCUACGCUACCUACCUAGGAUGGUGGUGAAGAUCCUCUCAUCUCCGGCCGCCCUGCAUGGCAUGGCCAGCAGCUUCCGUCGAUCUCGGUCACGUUCUUAUUUAUUUUUGGUAUUGCCGUAUUGAUCAAG